AUGGGUAAAGUUUUUACUAUUUAUGUUUUUGUUAUUUAUCUAAUUUAUAUAAGACCAAAUGUUAGCCAAUUUACUAGUGAAUAUGAAGGGUACUCAGAAAUAUGUGAAAAGGCAACCAAUGAAAAUGAAUCGUGUGUAUACUGCAUGAAGGAUCAUAAAAGGAAAAGUUCAAAAUAUGUAUAUAAACAUAUUGUGAGAAUGUUUUUUGAAAAACAUACCUUAAAUAAUAAUAAAAUAGCCUUAAUAGAACAUCAAUGUGGUGAACCUCAAAAUUAUAUGACUUAUGGAAAUUUUUUUAAAAAAGUAUUAUCUUUUAGUAAUUCUUUGAAUACAUAUGAGGGAAGUAAUAUUCCAGAAAAAAUAUAUAACGAAGAAAUGAAUAAUGGAAAAUUUAAGUUAUUAGGUAUAUAUGGUAGUAAUUCUAUAAAUUGGCUAGUUGCCGAUUUGGGUGCUAUGCUUAGUGGUGUUACUACAUUAGUGAUGCAUUCGAAAUUCAGUAUGGACGUAAUUGUUGAUAUAUUAAAUGAGACAAAAUUAGAAUGGUUAUGUUUAGAUUUAGAUCUGGUUGAAUGUUUAAUGGCACGUAGAAAUGAAUUACCGCACUUGAAAAAUCUUAUAAUUUUAGAUAUUGUAGCUAAACAAGGUAUGAUAAAUUCAAAUAAUGAAAAAGAAAAAAAAAAAUCGAAUUUAAAAAGCAAUGGACAGGUAAAUAAUAUAAAUAAUAAAAAAGGAAGUGAUUUAUCGAAAAAUUUGGAGGAUAUACGUUUGAGUCCUAUAGAAUAUGAUAAGGAUAAAUUAGAAAAGUUUAAUGCUUUAAAAGAAAAAUUUCAUAAUUGUGAAAAGAGACUAAUAUUAUUUGAUGACAUGACAAAGACGAAAAGUACAAAUUUUAAUAUUAUAAAUGAGGAUCCUGAUUUUGUUACUUCAAUUGUGUAUACUUCUGGAACAUCUGGAAAGCCAAAGGGUGUUAUGUUGAGCAACAAAAAUUUAUUUAAUCAAUUAUAUUCCUUAUACAAUCAUAGUGUAAGAGAAUCAUAUAGUUUUGAAUAUCAUUUAUCUUAUUUACCUAUAUCACAUGUACUUGAAAGAACAUUUGCGUAUAGCAUCAUAUUGUUUGGAGGAACACUAAAUAUAUGGAGUAAGGAUCUUAAUUAUUUUUCCAAAGAUAUAUUUAAUUCGAAAGAUUUUAUAAUGGGAGGAGUACCUAAGGUUUUUAGUAGAAUGUAUACUAAUAUUGUGACAGAAAUUAAUAAUUUAUCCCCUUUUAAAAGAUUCAUUAUAAACACUGUUAUGUCAUUACGGAAGUCUAAUAAAAAUGGAUGGUUGGGUAAAUUUCUUGAAAAUACAUUUCAUGUUUCAAGUAAAAUAAAAGAGAAGGUUAAUCCUAAUUUAGAAGUUAUAUUAAAUGGUGGUGGAAAAUUAUCGGCAGAUAUUGCCCAGGAUUUAUGUACUUUAUUAAAUAUCAAUUAUUGUCAAGGUUAUGGAUUAACUGAAACUGGAGGUGGUAUUUUUGGUAAUCACGCAAAAGACACAAAUUUUUUAUGCAUAGGAGGACCUAUUGCUGCUAAUACAAAAUAUAAAGUAAGAUCAUGGGAAACCUAUAAAGCUAAGGAUACUUUACCUAAAGGAGAAUUAUUAGUUAAGAGUGAUUCUGUAUUUAAAGGAUAUUUCUUAGAAAAGGAGUCUACAAAAAGGGCUUUUACCCACGAUGGUUAUUUUAUAACAGGAGAUGUGGUUCAAAUUAAUAGAAAUGGAUCUUUAAAAUUUUUAGAUAGAUCAAAAGGAUUAGUUAAAUUAUCACAAGGAGAAUAUAUUGAAACGGAUAUGUUAAAUAAUCUUUAUUCAGAAGUACUUUUUAUAAAUUUUUGUGUUGUAUAUGGUGAUGAUUCUAUGGAUGGCCCUCUAGCAAUAAUAUCUGUUGAUAAAAAUUUAUUUUUCAAUUGUUUAAAAGAUGAUAAUAUGUUAGAAAUAACUGGAGUUAAUGAAAAAAAUUAUUUAAAUAAAUUAACUGAUGAUAAUAUAAAUAAUAAUAUUUUUCUUGAUUAUGUUAAAGAAAAAAUGUUAGAAGUUUAUAAGGAAACAAAUUUAAAUAGAUACAAUAUUAUUAAUAACAUAUAUUUAACUUCAAAAGUUUGGGACACAAAUAAUUACCUUACUCCAACAUUUAAGGUUAAAAGGUUCCAUGUGUUUAAAGAUUAUGCUUUUUUCAUUAAUGAUGUUAAAAAAAUAUAUAAAAAUAAAUUAAAAGGAUGUACUGGUAUUAGUGUUAUUAGUGAAAAAAGAGAUGAAGAAAAAAAAAAUGACAGAAAAAAAGAAGAAAAAGGUUCAAAAAAAUUAAUAAAUGAUUCAAAUUCAAAACCACACAAAAACGAUAUGGGAAAACAUGAAAAAAAUGUUGAAAAUAAAAAGGUCAAAUUAGGAGCUACAUAUGGACCAAGUCAAAAAGAAAUGAAUAAAUAA